AUGUUCAAACCUACAUCCCCCUUAUCGGGAGGUCUUCUAUGGAAAAUCCCAUGGCGACUAUCCUCGAUGCAAAAAGCACGACAACGAAAACGACUGAAGCUGGUCGACAAGGUCGUCGAUACGGUCAGCAUGGCUCUGCAAAACAAUGGCGGUAUGACGGCAAAGGCCGUGGACAGAUGGUAUCAAGAGAUGCCCCGAGAAGAGGAGAUGCUUCCCAAGGACAAGUACACAAUCUUUGAUCGAAAAGAGAAGAGAUAUCGAAAGGGAAUUCACAAACUUCCAAAGUGGACAAGAGUCAGUCAGCGACUCAACCCACCUGGCUUCUAG